AGUCUGCCACGGGAGGUGACUUGACCAGGGCCUGAAGAGGGGCAGGUACUUGAAUCCAGGCCACUCGAUCCCCAACCCUGCCUGGGAAGUUCCCCUCCCCCCCAGACUCAAUCCCAGCAGCCUUCCAUCCUAGGGGACAGGCCCGGGCGGCAGCCGGCUGAACUUGCCUGUGUCAGCCAUCCCCGCCCCAGGUUCCCUCUCUUCCUGGCUCACUAUCUGCUUUGCCACCCGGCUGGGGAAAGGUGGAGGGGGGGGAGACCCGGUCCCUGGUCGUCCCUUGCCUGCCCGCCCUGCUCUGCUGAGCGUGGACGGGAGACAGAGGUCUUUGAGGUCACCUCGCCGUUGCCUCUCUGUCUCCGGCCGGCCCAGUCCACAGCCAACCACCUACGACCUGCCUCUCUGCAGAGAAGCCCCUGCAGGCGGGGGCACAGGGAUGAGGCAGGGACUUGCCCCCCGGCCGGUGUCCCUCUCCCUGACCCUGGAAAGUCCUGCCUCCGCCCUCCCUCGGCUGAGCUGUCCUUGCCACCGGGCGGCCGAUGCCCCAGCUGAGCACCCAGCUUCCUUUGGGAGGAGCCCAGGCUCUGAGGAGUAGGAAGGGGGUGCUGCCGGCCGGCCUCCCUCCUGCCCUUGGAGCACACCACGCCUCAGUGCCGGGAGUGUGGCCCGCCUGCCCUCCUGCUGAGGCUGGGGGCCCUGAGGGGUGGGGUGGGUGCCGCAGGGCCCGAUCUGAGCUGCCUGCCCCCGCCCCCCAGAUCGUGUACUUCACCGCUACAUUCCCCUACGUGGUCCUCGUCGUGCUGUUGGUGCGGGGGGUGCUGCUGCCCGGAGCCCUGGACGGCAUCAUCUACUAUCUCAAGCCUGAUUGGUCAAAGCUGGGGUCCCCUCAGGUAUGGAUAGAUGCCGGGACCCAGAUUUUCUUCUCUUACGCCAUCGGCCUGGGCGCUCUCACAGCACUGGGCAGCUACAACCGCUUCAACAAUAACUGCUACAAGGACGCCAUCAUCCUGGCCCUCAUCAACAGCGGGACCAGCUUUUUUGCUGGCUUCGUGGUCUUCUCCAUCUUGGGCUUCAUGGCCGCAGAGCAGGGUGUGCACAUCUCCAAGGUGGCGGAAUCAGGUGGGUCCCCUGCCCCUCCGCCGGGCCUUCAGUCAGCAGCUGCCGUCCUAACAGACCGCAGCCCCGAACACACACACAAAUAGACAUUCUGGGAAAGGAGAGGAAGAUUCACUUAACUUGUCACUUCACUCGGGGCCAGAGGAAGGCCUGGCCGAGCAGCUGGAGCCUCACGGGCUCAACCAUGUGGGUCCUGGAGCCCUCAGCCGUGCAUCCAUCCCCGGGGCGCCAGGGUGUGCCCCCCACAUUUGGUAGAGUGUCAUAGAGCGACAGGAGGGGCUUUUGGGGGUGAAUAGUGACCUGUGACCACCAGAGCAGCUGGAAUGAAAGACCGGGGGU